ACAGGUAUAAAAGACAGCAAUGGCCAGCGAAAAGAAAUCUGGUGUAUCAAUGAAAUUCAAAAAGCGGCGUCCGGUCUGAUCUUAGUCUCUAAAACAGAAGAAAUAAGGGAUCUACUGAUGGAAGAAUAUAGAAAUAAUAAGAUUCAAGUAAUAAUGCGAGUGUUAUGUCAUGGAUUUGUAGCGAACGCAGAUAUGUCUGUGCUUUUUGACACUGAUGCAAACAAAAAAGAAACAGAUGCUGAACCGAUCGAUUUGAAAGACGUUUUGAAGCAGGUUACUGUUGUGUCACAUACGCCCUCUAACAACGCACAGUACAUAUCAAGAUUGGAUCUAGACUUAUGCACACCUUUGUCCAGCAUCACAUUGAGGAAACUGUUUUACUUUCACUCGAAGCAUCCCAUUAUUGGCAAUUCAAAGUUUACAAAGCCUUUGAGAUUAAGCGACAAAGGAUUAUGUGCUUCGCUUAUAGCCCUAUCGUUCUCGCAUCCUACGUCGAAGAAGAUGAUCAGCUUGCACGAAGAGGAGCCUGCAAAGUUCAGGAUCAUGUGUGAUCGCGAAGCAAAGUUCUUUAAGACUAGAAUAGAGCGAGAAGAAGAAGAGAUAAUGAAAUCGGGAAUCGUCGAUCUGGAGAGACGAAAGGAUGGCGAGCUCCUCGCUUAUCUUCUCGGGCAAAAAGAAUUCUGUGGACAUACUUUUAAAGUAACCAAAGAUUGCUUAAUUCCUCGCGCUAGUUCAGAAACACUUGUUCGGGCUGCGUUGUCGUCAUCCACAAGAAAAGAAGGAGCCUUCAAAAUUAUUGACGUCGGUACCGGUUGCGGUAACAUUUUAAUCUCGAUAUUGAAAGAAUUACCCCUUGCUACAGGUGUCGGCAUCGAUAUUUCAGAAGCUGCUAUUGCGGUAGCUAAAGAGAACAGUGCGAGACUAUUAGGCGACUUGGUUGAAAAGGACGAUACAAAAGAUUCGAAUAGUAACUGUGGUAGAGUUGAAUGGCGGGUGCAGGACAUGACAUCUCUUCACAGCCAUGGUGAUGGUACGUCUGAUAGCAACGCAUAUGACUUGCUAGUAUGCAACCCUCCUUAUUUGGAUUAUGAUAAAGUAAGUAAGAAGAAAGAUCAGAUGAUAGUUCUUGAGCAAGAGCCAGCAGUUGCACUUUUUGCAAAGAAUAAGGGAUAUGAAUGGUAUCAAGUUUUGCAUGCAGUAGCGCCUGAGCUUGUCAAAGAGAGCGGAUUUGUUGUGCUAGAAUGCGGGAAAGAUAUGAUGAAAGGCGUACUUGCCACUUGGUUUGAUUGGGAACCAUACCAAAUUUGUAAAGAUAGUCAAGGAUGGGAUCGAUGCCUGGUGUUAAGGAAGAAAAAGAAGAAGACUACUGCGUAA